CGACGUAUUCUUCGAGGAAUUGCUCGUCCAAGAAAGCCCGAGCAGUCUUCUUUUACAAUUUGUCUUUGUCCCGUUUUUUUUCUGGAGUUUGACACACAGAGCUUGGUCACCUCCAAGACUCUUGAUUUUGGCUCGUAUUUCUAACAUUUUUGACGCAAGCCCCAUGGCUCCAAUCGGAGUUCGUGAGAGGCGAGCAAGAGCUGGAAUGGAAUUGUACUCAUCCCGCUUGAAAGAUGUCUUCAUAGGACGUAUCUCCAAAAUCCGAAAUUGACUGUGGUUUUAUAUGUCUAGAUCUCAGUCUUGAGCAAGUAUGAUCGAGUACGAGAGAUGAGAGUCGGCGAUGCCGGAAUUCAAUUUCAGUUCACGUUCAUCAGUUCUUUGCAGAAGGCUUUUCCCCAUCGCUGCAUACUCCCCCAUGCUCUUCUAAGAUCAUGGGGGAGUAUGCAGAGAGGCCUCUGGGUAGCCACAACGCGGUGUUCGAUGUUGUCGAGGAUUUGUCCGUGGCUCGGGAUAUUGCAAGACGGUUUGAGCAGCUUGAAAGUCAGUGGCUACACUUUCAGAAGACAUCUGCGAAGUGGGAAAUUCAAGACUCAUCACGGCCCAUGGGUGGGGGCGUCUUGAACAGUCAGUUGCAAGAUCACAUUGUUCCAUCUACAGCGUUUUCUUACUCGAAUCCUUUGUUCACCACACACAAACCCUUAAAGAAGUCAGCUGCAAGUUCACCAAGAGCACCAUUAGUCCCUGCUAGAGAUUCCCUUUCUCUUGUAUCAACUUUGAGCCCAGAAAAAUUACCGUCUCCAAGGAUUAAACAGCCAAUGCUUUCAAGCUCUGAAAAUCAUUGGUCUUUUAAAAAGGAGAAAAAAUUAGAACAGGCUGCGCCGGGAGCCGGACAAACUACAAGCUCUAGCUCUCCUAGUAGCUCAUUGUCUUCUAAACAUACAGCCUUUUCCCCUAAGAAAGUUCUUGGUUCUACUGAGGUGUCGUAUUAUCAAGGCAUCCAUACAUCUGUGCCCUCUUCGUCUUCUCCAGAUAAAACCAGUUCCUAUUCAUCAAGCCUGAAUUGUGAUUCUCUGUCAAAACCAUCGUCUUCUUCUUCCCCUGGUUCAGCUACCAAUAGUGAUAGACACAAUAUACACUCUCCAUCUAUACGUUCUCAUCAGCGUAGUUUGGAUUAUACAUGCCACUCGAAAUUGCCUAUCGGCGAGUAUACAGGCAAGCUGUGGUCUUCUCCUUUAAGAUCUCCUGGAAUUUACAAAGACACUAAACAAGCUGCACCCGAUCCUGCUAGCUAUUCAUCUGGGAAAGGGCCUCCAAGUCUGCAUAUGUCUCGUAUGACAGAGGAGAUACGAUCAACUGAAGUUGCUCAAUCCUCAAGGUCUCCUCCGCCGGUUACACCUAGUGCGUCUUCUGCGCGAGAAACGGAUUUGCAGUCUGAUAGUUCUACGAUGGAACACCGAUUUGAUUUCAGGGGCAAACAAGCAAGACAUCAACCAUGGCAUGCUCCUGGUGAGUUUCGACUUCUUCCAUCAGAAGGAGCUGACAAUACGACCAGAAUCGCCAGUCAGACCAUACCGGAGGAGAAGAGGUCCAUACCAAAUUUGAAAGUUCCAGAUGCCAUGAGUUUUGUAAAGACAUCUAGGCCAGAUACUCAAGUCGAUUGGAAAGAUCGAACGGAGAUAUGUGCUUUGAUGCAAAAGAAAUUAGAUCACACAGUCAAUAAGGUGGAAUGGGAGUUGAAGCUUUCAAAAAGAGAAUCGAAGCUUAGAUCUGCAGAGGAGACGUUGCUUGAAGAGCAACAGAAGCUCGCCGAAGCGAGGCUAGCUCUUUCAAAAUGUGAAGCUGUGUUGUCUCAACGCGAGGAGGCAGUACAGCAGCUAGAACAGAUACGUGAUCUAGAAAGCGCUCGUGAAUCUGUAGAAACUGGUUCAUUAGUUAUAGAGAAGCUGGUGACAGCUUUGAAAGAUGUUCUUGUAGAGAUGGAGCAGAAAGAUAAAGGCCUGCGUGAUCUAUGGAAUGAGUUCAAGCAGUCUUCUUCAAGCAGGCCAGAAUUAGAUGUGGGGAAUCAUCAAUUUGGAUUUGAGCCAGAUCAGUCCAGGCCCUUACUUCAUGCGAACGGUCUUGAAGGGAUGAAUUUCCUGGCUGCUGAAAACGACUGCAAGGACUGGUGCAGGAUUGUAGUAAGUGUGUGCGAGCGACUUCUAAGUUUUUUAUCCCAUGAAACUCACCUGCAAAAGUGGGCACUUAUUCUGGAAAAAGAAUCAGCUCGACUGAAGACCCUUGAGGAAGAAAUUUUGAAUACCAAGGACGCCACUGCCGAACAUUUUGAAAGAGCUGCUGAAAUGAUGAGAUGCGCAGAAGAGCAAUCUCGCGUAGCUGAGGAAGAACGCACGACUUUGAAUAAAGAAAGAGACAGUCUUGUUCAGUGGGUUACUCACCUUCAGGAGCGUCGAAAGGCAGUUACUGCUUGCGAACGAGAAGCAGCCUCUUCUUUGGCAGAAGUCCAAAAAAAAGCCGCAGACCUGUUUGUGCAUGAAUCAUCCAUUGACGGAAAGGCUCUUGAAAUUUCGGCUUUGCAAGAGGAGAUUUGGGCUACGUCCCAGAGGCUUCAUGAAGAUCAAGAACUCGUAAACAAAGAGCGAAUGAAGGUGCAAGAUAGACUACGGCAAGUAGCGUCUCGUGAAAGAGAUGUUGAUUCACAGCUUCAGUUUGUCAACAAGCUGAAGGAAGAGUUCGAGGAGCAGAAGGAGAUGUUUGAGAGGGAGCGAGUCGUGGAAGAGAAGAAGAGAGAAAGCACACAGGCGGCGCAGAGAGAGUUGGAAGAACAACUGAACAUGAGAGAGAUGACUUUAAGAGAUAUUGAGAAAGAGCUGGCAGAGAAGGCAGCGGCUGCGGAGAGUCUUUCGAACCAGCUGCAUGAAAGAGAAAAGAUCCUGAAGUCGAUGCAUGACCAAUGUGAGCAUGAACGUUCUAAGGCAAAGGAGCUUAUAGCAGAUCUGGAAAAAGAGAAGAAGAGAGUUAAAGAGGCUGAAGAUGCUAUCGAAGAAGCACAAGCAUCAAAAAAGAAUGCUGAUGAAGCAUGGGCACGCGUUGCAAAGGAGCGGAGAGAAGCUGACGAUUACCUGAAGUCAGUUGAAGAGAGAAUUAAAGCAUGGGAAGAUAGGCUACGGGUCAAAGAAAAAGAACUGCAACAGCAGCAGUUAUCAUUAAGGGAUAUCGAGAGCCGAAUACAAGAAGAGCAGGAUCGAUCUCGAGCUAUGCAUGCGAAGAUUACAAAUGAACAAGAAAACUGGAAUGAGGACCUUAAAGCAAAGCAGGACAGUCUUGCCAAGAGGACCAAGAUCUUAGAGAACAAAGAAGCUGAAAUUAAAAGUGAUUUGGAUAAGCUGACCGAAGAGAGGAGGCUUGCAAUCGAUGAAAUCAAGCGGUUUGCAGAGAUAGAGGCACGGGUCUGGAGCGCAGAGCGGGAGUUGCAAGCAAAGCAUGAUGAACACCUGCAAAUGGUUCGUAAGCACGGAAAAGAGCACCGUGCUCAACUUGAGGAGCUCGAGGUGGCAAGACGGGAGGUUGAAAGAGAGUUUGAGGAAGUGCACAUUAAGAGAGAUGAAUUGCACAUAUGGCAAAGAGAAGCAGAAGAGACCUUGCAGAAUAAAAUUGACGGUUUUGUCAAGGGAAAGGAGGAGCUUCAGCUGCAGAUAAAAGAACUGAAGAAACUUCAGCUAGAUAUAGAACAAGCAGGAGCGCAAAUUAUUGAUCGUGUUGCCGAGCUUGAUCAGGCAUCUUCAAAGCUAGAAGUGCAGAGAAGCAGAGUUGAAUCCUCAAAGACUAAGCUAGAGGCUUUAGCCAAAACUCUUUCUAAGGAGCAGGAAGCCGUCAGGGAGAGAGCAAGUGCCCUGAGCAUUCAGGAAGAGAAGGUCACAUCUGCUUUGGCUGACAUCAGAAAAUUGAAUGCGGAUACCUCUGCGAAGGAAAGGAACCUCAGAUAUCGGGAACAAGCAGUUAUAGACAGUGAGCAUGAUCUGAAGGAAUUGGAAGCAAGGCUAGCGAAUGAGAGAAAAGAUUUGGAGAAAAUGAUUGCUGAAGUCGAGCAACAUGCUGCGACCUUGAAGGAUGAGACAGCUGCAGCUGAAGAGAGCUCACGGAACAGAUCACGAGAAGAGCUUUUGGUAGAAGAGAAGAAGGAGUAUAUUUUUGCAAGAGAAAAAGAACUAGCAGCUUAUGAGGCGGAGCUAAAGAAUAAAGCCCUAAGUCUUGAGGAACACAGUCAGGCCAUUACAAAGUUAGAGCAGCAGGUGCAAGAACGUCUACAGAAGGCACAAGAUGUCGACCAAGGAUGGGAGAAGCUGAGAGAAGAGAAAGCAGCAUUUGAGUCCGAAAGGCAAUCUGUAGCGGUACAGAAAGAGGAAUCACAAAACUGGAAAGCUGAACAGGAUCGCCAAGCGAGGAAAGAUUCACAAAGGAAAGCAAGACUUCGUGAAGAACUCGACAGGCAGAAGACUGAAAUGCUAUCUAAGCUCCGUGAUCGGGAAGCAGCUCUUCAAAUCCGAGAGGCGAGAGUCGCGGAGAAAGAAGAAUCUGUGAAGCAUCUAGAACGAGAGGGCAAGAACCAAGUGCUGAGGGAUGCUCAGGAACUAAGGCAACAAUUGACUGGUGCUCGUGCGGAGCUAGAUUCAGAAAGGCAGUACGUCGAGGACAAGCGUAGAAUAGCAGAAGCUAUCGCAGCAACUAUAGAAGAAAGGGAGGCCAAACUCAGAGUUAGAGAGGAGGAAGUAGAAAAGAUGGAAUUGUCUUUGCAAGAAAGGGAGAGAAAACUCAAUUCGUAUGCGUCCGAGCAAAGAGAUAUCCUGAAGUGUUACCCACUAGACUCUCAAGCACGCACUAUAGACUUCCUCAAAAUGCACGAAGAACAAGAAAGGCGAGACAUUCGAACGAACGGGAAACAUGAGAACACACAGUUCCAGGAUUCCUUGUUUCGAUUAGCGGGCUUUGAAAUGAGCAAUAGUACUCAAAAUUCAAACUCCAAACAAGCUGCAACGCUAGAACAAGAAAGAAACCAUGCAGCAAAAAAGCAAGAGGAAGAGUUGACAAUACAACGUCUUAAACAAAUGGAGGAAACUCUGCAAAAGGAGGCUUCCAAAAUUAUACAAGAGAGGCUUUGUCUCAAAUCUCAACAAAAGGAGUUGGAAGAGACCAGGAAGGCCGUACAAGAUGUUAAGGUCACGUUGACAGCACAGCUGAAGGCAACAAAGCAGAUGGUGGCAGAUGCAUCUCUAACCGCCCAAAAUGCUUCCAGGGAGAGAGAAGCUCUAGAGGAAGAACGGAGAAGAUUAGAAAAAGCUCAAAAAGAAGCGAAAGCUUCGAUGGCAACCAAAGAAUCUAAGCUUUUACAAGAGACGAAACGACUGGAAAAUAUGAGAAAUGCUCUGCUUCAGGAGAAGAGUCAGGCAAUGGAUGUUCUUCAGAAGGCUGCUAGGAUAGAGAAUGAACGGCUCAAAGCUGUCGAGACCAAUUUCAUGCAAAGCGAAAAGCAAGCAGAAGCUGAUUUUUGUCAAAGAGAGAAAGAAUUUAGGAAGACUACAGAAGCUCUGCACAGAGAAAAGCAGAGUCUAAAUGAAGAGAAAGCUAGAAUGAAGUUGCUCCAUGAUGUCCUCGAAAGAGGAAAGCACGAACAGUCCCAAACUGCAUUCCAGCAAGCAGUAACUGCAGAAGUACAGAGGAAAGGCGAAAGUGCAAUGUGGUCUGGAAUCAACAAGUGGAAAGAGCAGAACAAUAUGACCGAUAGUCACGGCUACACUCAACAUCGGGAUGAACAAAAUGGAGACGGGCGGCCAGAGAUAUCCCAGGACCUGAGUAUUCCAUCGUAUAGAGAAACUGUAGAGAGCCAAACUUUGGGAACGAACAGCGAGACAUCAAGUAGAGUGGUCUUCACCCCUAGCCCUCCUGAAAGAAUGGAUCAACACUGCACCAAUGUAACAAGUUCAAGCUGGGAUGAAGCUUUUAGGGGAUCGAUGUUAUUGUCAUCACCGGGCUCUAGCCCAGGUGUUAAUGUCCACCAGACUGCCACAGGAAACAGUGCGGUGAGUGGUGUCGUGCAUAUGCACGAAGAAAACGCUCCUAGUAAAAACAGACUCGAGAACGUUAUGACUAGUCUAAUAAAUGCGAGGCAAGCGAGCAGGAGCCGGCUACAACGUACGGAGAAUGCUUUGCUUGGGUUUCCACCUUCAUCUCCGUUCACCUCCCAGGUUCAACAAGCCCUUAAUGCUCUAUCAAGCAGGCUAAGUUUGAUGGAGCAGAUAGAAGAUGGUCUAGCCAGUCACUUGAGGAAAGCCUAUGAGUUAGAGUAUCCAGAGACAGAGGGGGUUAUUGUGGAUAAAGUACAGCUCCUCUGCAGAAUGGAAGAGCAACAGAGCUUGAGAGCCGAGUGGGAGGAAGAUAUGCAACAACAAUUAGAGACCAUAAGCAUGCUACAAGCUGCAUCACGCAAUGGAUCGAGCUUCAAUACUCCUAUCAAGGGCACUAAUCUACAAGACAAGUUUCAAAGUUCACCACCUCAGAAUGACUGGCCAGGUGUAGACGCCCAACGUGGAAACACGCAUACACCUCUGGAUGGAGGAACACCAGGUUUGUCAAGAAGGACCAGUGGAAGCAGCGGUCCGAAUCCAAGCCAACAGUAUGCAUCUCCUGAGUGGAAGAUGACUUUCGAGCCGUUACUUGGAGUAGAUUCGAAAGGCCUCUCCCUAUCGCCUCUUGUUGAUUACAACUACAACCCAAAUUCUGUGCAAAAACUACAGUCCGAAUAUGCUUCCAGGGGUUACGAUAACACUGACAACUUUGUACGUCGGAAACUGUACCUUUCUCCUUCCACAAAAUCUCACAAUGCCACACAUUAGUGGUUGCAACUGAGACGAUCAUCAUACUUCACAAAGUAAUGAAGCUAGUGAGGCCGGAAGACGACGUGAUGAACGCCACAGCCCUUCUGACUGAUGGUUGAACACGUACCUGAUGCAGAGAUUUGCGAAUGUUCUUAUUCAUCACAAAGGACAUCUGCCAAUAUCACGCAUAUGCAUCAUUCCACAUGGGUCACGGUUUCAAGUUAGUGAACCUUGAGAAAUGAUCAAGGUUCUCCAAGAAGCUUGAGGCCACAAGCAACAGAUGUUCAAACCUCCUUCUGCUUAAGUGAGAGUGGCGCAUCUGCAGAUAACACGAAGGUGGAGCAGUAGAGAUCUACAAGUGAUUCCUCAAGAAUGCCGGAAUCUUUGUGACUCAGAAAUACCGACUCAUAAGUGUUUUAUGAAGUUGUGCAUGACGCAGUUGCAACUCACUUGAAGAUGUUCCAGUAGGAACUAUCUGCAUUAAAAGUGCGGCAUAUGAAGAGGGCUGCUUCUUCCAUUAAGAAGAAUACUGUGUCAGAAUGAAUGAUAAGACACGUUGCUACAGAGUGACGAAUGACAGAAACCAAGGGAACGCCCUUGCAAAAGGCUGUACAGUAGAGAACAAUCAAGGAGUGGAGUGACUAGUCCUAUCUACAACUACAGUACACAAAAUUUGCAGUGUUUUGUCAAGUUGCAACUAAGAUAACGAAUUCAGUUGAUCUUGUGACGUUAUCAAAGGAUCCUUGAGAUGAAAUGGACGAGAUUAUGUACUGUUGGAACUGGCAUGGUGAUGACAUUAUAAUACAAAUUUUGAACAAGAUUCCAUGGCGCAGCGAUAAAUUCCUA